UUCGGAAUGAGGUGGUAGACUCCUGAAACUACACGUCCCAGAAUGCACCUCACCGUCAGCCGGUGUAAUAUCCAGUCUGCCAGAAGUGAAAGGAAUGAGUGCAAUUCAAAAGCAGUGGAUUUAAGGGUCUGAAACCUUCAGGUGCAUCAUGUGGGCACGUGUGGGUUUGAUGGGUUCAGUGGCCCUCGGGUCAAUGUUCUGGUCUCAAAAGAAUAAGACUGAAACCUCUCCAUACGAGCUUAAAUUAAUUCAAGUUUUAUUCAGACAUGGAGCGAGAACGCCACUGAAAUCUAUACCAGAUGUUUUGGAGGCACAAUGGGUCCCUGAGCUACUUGAAGUGCCAGCUCACACGGAAAUAGACUAUAUGGUUACAGACUUGCAGGGGGGGCCCAGACCCCCAGCUCCUGUGGAGGACAGCUACAGAUCCAAAAUAUUGACAGGUGGAACUUAUCCAGGUCAGCUGACCACACUGGGCAUGCAACAGCUGUACGAUCUAGGAGUGAGAUUACGAAAGAAAUACAUACAAGAAGAGCCCUUCCUCACACCUUCUUUCAACCCUAAAGAAGUUUACAUUCGCUCUACCAACAUUGUCCGCACCAUUGAGUCAGCUAAGUGUUUGGUGGCAGGACUGUUCCAACAGGAACAAGCAGGUGUUGUGUCCAUCCUCACCGAUAAGGCAGAGAAGGAAAUCCUCUAUCCCAACUAUCAUGGAUGCAAGCUGCUCAAGCGGCUCAUUGGUCAUCGUUGGGCAGAAUCGUCCACAGUUCCUGACAUUGCUGCAGACCUACAGAGCAUCCAGAGAGCCUUGGGGGUCGAUCCUCAUCAACAUCUCGACUUCAUCCUCAUUAGAGAUGACAUGGUGGCCAGAGAGGCCCACGGCCUGCCGCUUCCUACAGCUCUGGAGAACUGGAGGAGUAUCGUGGAGCAGAGAGCAGUAGAUAUGAUAUGUCACAUCUAUGAGCCCAGUAAGAGGCAGAAUUUACAGAUGUGCGUGGGGCCGCUUUUGCACAUAUUCCUAACCAACAUAGAGGACAAAAUCCAAGGCACAACCUCUAAACCUGACAGAAAGUUGUUCCUGUACUCUGUGCAUGACACCACACUGAUGCCAUGUCUCAUGGCUUUGGGGGUUUUUGACAUGAAAUGGCCACCGUAUGCAGCUGACAUCACUCUGGAGCUAUACCAGCAUCGUCAAUCUAACCAGCAUUACGUUAAAGUGUCCUACAUUGGCCAGGACCAAAAAAUCCCAGGCUGCAGUGAUGUCUACUGCCCGCUGCAGGAGUUUAAGGAGGCACUGGCUGUUUACGCUCUACCUGAUGAACGUUACUAUGCCCUCUGUGACAGUGUUGAUGACCAUCCCAAACUCUGACCUCUCAUUAGCUCUCAACUCAACCUUGCCCCAGAAAACGCACAGAUGGUUUGCACCAACCUGGUCUCUAGAGCUCAGGUCUCUCCUACAACAUGGAUUCAAGUGUUCAUAUUAACAAAAGAGCAAUACCAGAAGUCUUAUGUUUAAAUUGUCAGGUCCUUUCCUAUGGUUCAAGGAAACUGGUUCAUGACUCGUACACAGCAGAUAAACAUUUUCUCAUUUAUGCCAGUUACACAAUUUUUUUUUUUUUCACAGAUUGUCAUAAUAUUAAGCAAGCAUACAAUUCACAGUAAACUUAUUGAUAAUGUGUGUGAAUUUGUUCACAACUAUGGGAGUUAGUGUGGAAUAUCUUCAUUAGGUGCCUUCAUUUCAGAGUAUCGAGUCAUCUGAAACGGCUACAGAUUUUGCUGAAACGUCAUAAUUUUAACAAUAUUUGAUGUUUUAACAUCAAAUUAAGUGCUGUUAAAUGUAAUAUGCAAGCAGAAAUGGUGAACAUUGUCUUAUGCAUUCACUACUGAUAUGCAUAUUAAAUUAAGAUACAAUAAAAUAUCUGAAGUGUUUUAA